AUGGAUUUCGUGACUGAGCAAAGCGAUAUUUCCGCUGUCCAAGUAGGUACGAACUUUGUUUUUGGCCCUGAUCUCAUGUUCACCUCGUGGUUGCACAUGGGCAUGUACAACGCUGAGUUUGAUGGUGUGCAUCCUUGGUUUGCAUGUGCUCCGCAACUGCCGGGCUUUGAUGGAUUUGCGAUGGUCACUGAGGCCCAAAAAGGAGGCGACGGGAUCGACGUGGGUGUGUUCCUUGAAUGCACGGCCAUGGAGAAGCUCAAAAAGAUGUUCGCUGAAGUGACCUACCUUCAUGAAUAG